AUGAACGACUUUGGGGCAGUCCUAGAUGCCCUCAAGGCCACCAUCAAGAGGGCCCGAAAGCUAAUCUGGGUGACUCGUGGUGCCACCGAAGAUUGCCAGAACCCUAGAUCCAAUCUGAUUAUAGGUAUGGAGUCCCCUCUACGCGAUGACGAAGUUGAAAUGCAGGUUUUCGCAUCCGGCGUGAACUUCCAGCAUCUGAUGAUUCGGUUAGGACGGAUGCCGGCACAGAGUAAAGGAGGUGGAGUUGAGUGCGCCGGAAUCGUCACGGCCGUUGGAAAGAACUUCCAACACGCCGUCUCGAAAGGAAAUCAUGUCUAUGCCUGGAAUGUGCCGUGGUACUCGAGCCAUGUGCGAAGUCAGGGGUCAAUGACCCACCGUAUACCGGAGGGUCUAGCCAUGGAAGAAGCGGCCGCUGUCCCCGUUGUUUACUGCACCGCAUACCACUGCCUGCUCAAUGUUGCUCGUAUGAAACCGGGCGAGACUAUCCUCAUCCAUUCGGGUACCGGUGGUGUCGGUCAAGCGGCAAUAGUUCUUGCUCGCCAAGUAGGCGCUGAAGUGUUCACUACCGUUGGAUUAGAAGUGAAGAGAAAGCACCUCAUCAGAGAGUUCGGAUUGCCAAGGUCCUAUAUCUUGUCCAGUCGUUCUGCUCAAUUCUCACAAGAAGUCCUACGCCUAACCAAUGGCCGCGGUGUCGAUAUCGUCUUGAAUGCCCUUUCAGGCCCUCUUCUGCAAGCUUCACUGAAUGCCUUGGCUCCGAUAAGGCGUUUCAUCGAAAUCGAAAAGAGCGACCUACUUGGUCAUUCUCGCCUGGACAUGGGGUGCUUGACUCGCUCAAUCUCAUUCUCCGUCGUCGUCGACCUCGCCCUUGUUAUGUUCGAAGAACGUGUUAUCAAACAAGCGGUGCCGUUGGUCGUUGGGCCAAUCUCCAGUCUUGAGGGGGUCCUCCGCCGCAUGCAGAAGGGAGAGCAUAUGGGCAAACUGGUGGUCUCGCACGGAAAGAAUGACAUGGUCAAGGUCUUGCCUCGUGCUCCAGUAGCUGCCAAGUUUUCGGACGAGGCAACGUACAUCGUAGUUGGCGGCCAGCGUGGCCUUGGGCGCGUAUUUUGUGUCUGGCUGGCUCGACACGGAGCCCGGCACAUUGUUGCCCUAUCGCCUUCAGAGCCUGACAAGCCCUUGACCCGGGGUCUGGAGAAGGACUUACAUCGAUCAGGUGCCCAACUUCACGCGUUGCGUUGCCGAGUGAAAGAUAAGACCCAGCUGCAAGCAGCUCUUAGGUACUGUCGGGAGAGUUUGCCGCCCAUUCGUGAGGUCCUGCAUGCUGGACUUACUGUGAGGGAUGCAACUUUUGAGAAAAUGUCGACCGAGGAUUACCGGACGGUGCGGCAACCCAAAAUAGAUGGUACCUACAAUCUUCACGACGCUCUUCAGGGCCAAUCCCUUGACUUCUUCAUCAUUCUCUCAUCAUACAUGGGACUCGUGGGAAGCCCGGGACAGUCGAAUUACGCGGCUGCGUCGACCUUCCAGGAUGCAUUCGCUGGCGUACCGGCUCUUGUGGGAUAUGCUGUGUCGAACCCCUGCAAGAAGCCGGAGAAGAGUCAAGUUGCAAUAGGCUGGGCUCCUCCUUCGACGUGGACGGAUGCCCAUUAUGAGACUUUGGAUCCUCUAUUAUCCUAUCUGAACCGUCGCACGGCACAAAGCUUCUCCGAGAGACUCUCCCACUGCGAGUCGCUUGACGAAUGUGUGUCAGCGAUUGUGGCGGCACUCUGUCAACAGAUUACCGACAUCCUUGGGGUGGCCACAGAGGCUUGGCAAGAAUGGCGGCCGGCGCGCGAGCUGUUGCCGUUUGACAUUGAGACCCAUCAUGUUGCGUACAAGGAUGAAGGGGAGAUGUACGGAUGA